UUGACAUUUAUUUGUAUGUAUUUUGUUGCAUUUAACCCAUGAAAUACAGUGGAAACAGGUGAAUAAGUGGAAAUAGUUACCAGCUUUUGGAAGUGUUAAGAGAUAAGUUAAUUAGUUGAAUAAUGGAUUUGGAACAUUAUCCAAAAAAGAAUAAUCGAAAAAGGAAACGCAAGAGGAAGAACAAAAAUAAUAGAGAACGUAUAAAAGAAGAACCUUUAAAUUAUUCGAGUAAUGAUGAGGCGUUUUUUGAAAAUAACAGAUCUAAAAUCAUGAAACUGUCCUUGGUUAAUUACGAAAGUCCUAGCUAUAAGAAACAAAUGGGAAAUUACAAUAUCAAUACUCAAUGUAAAACAAAUCCAAAAACAGGAAAUUCAACCAACUUUAACUUCUCUACUUAUAAUAAGAACAACAACAAUCCAUUCGAUUUUAAUAUGGUUACUUCAACAGAAAAUAAGAAAACAGUUAACAUACCUGAGACAAUUCUUAUAUCUUCGUUUGAUGAGUCUUUGCACCAAUUGGAUUUAUCCAACGCGUCUUUGAUUUGUAAUGCCAAUAGUGAUCAAGAUUUUGAUGAUGACGAGUUGAUGAUGGAAAUGGAACUUAAUUAUACUUAUAUACCAGAACAAUACCUGCUAGAAUAUAUUCAUUCUAUGAGUCAGACAAUGACUACAGAAUGUUCACCAAAUAAGAAAAAGACUACUUAUUUCAGUUUAAAUUAUGAGCCUGUACAAAAAACAAAUAGUAUAUAUAUUGUUAUUGAUACUAACAUGUUUAUAGACAAGUUGGAAACAAUCUCUAAUAUUUUACAAAUAUUAUUUUGUGACGGAACAUCACCCGUGAUAUAUGUUCCAUGGAUUGUUGUACAAGAAUUGGACAAUAUUAAAGAUGGAUAUAAUUUAAGCAGACCGCUAACUCAUCACUUACGAAAACAGUGUAGGAAAGCUAUACAAUUUAUAAAUGAUUGUUUGGUGGCUAAAAAGGGAAACUUUAUUGGUGAAUCGAUCAUGGAGUCAGCUACCACAACUAACAUAGAUUUAUCCUCAGAUGAUUCAAUUCUUAAGACGUGUCUUCGAAUGGCUCAGCAGAAAAUCACUAUAAUGUUGACAAGUAACUUAGAUUUAAGGAACAAAUGUAAUGGCAAAAACAUUUAUUCUUGUUGUCCUAAUACAGUUGUGAACUUUUUGCAUGGUUAUAAUAAGAAGACGUGUCAGAUGAAUGCAGUUCAUCAAAUCUCAAAAAGAUUGUCAUUACUUCUUUCCCUUAUGUUCAAUAUUCAAGGAAAAGAAGUCGACAAAAGGAUAAUCCAUGGAUCCUACGAUUUCAAAAUGUGCAUAACGUAUAUGAAGAACUUCAAAGAUGUUAUUUUCAAAAGCGAACUGUGCCGAAAAGUUGUUGACGAUCUGCAUGAUAUUUUAUGUAGAAAUAAGUUUAAUGAAAAGGGUUUGAUCGAAUCAUCACUUUCACUUCUGACAUAUCUGAAAAGUGAUGCAGAUAAGAAGUAUGGAUCGAUCAUCGACCGAUGCAUCGAAGAAGUAACCGAACUCAAGAAAAAACAUUGAGAAUUUAAUUUGUUAUUUAUUAUGUUAUUACAAAUUUUAUAUUUUAUUACAUAAA